CGCGCACCGAGCACUUUGGCUGCUGCAGCUUCAGCUCUCACACCGCCUCACAUCACUCGUCUUGCGCCGCAGCCCGACCGCCCCGCCCCGUCCGUUCGUCACUCUCCUUGCAGCACCCAUCUUGCCUUCCCUGCCGACACCCCGCCCGCCCCGCCGCGCGCCACGACGUGUCCACAUCUAGGAUAACCCAACCUGCAAGCCGCUCGUCGCUCGCACCGCAGCCGCCAGCCAGCCAGCCAGCCAACAAGCAGCCACCAGCCAUCUACAACCUCGAAUCCCACUCCCACCACACACCACCCGGCCACCCACCUACUUCAACUCUCUGGCAAGAGGGCCUUGCGUGCACUCCACCUUAUGCGGUCGACAACGCACCGCCGAACACAUUACCACGACGAGGACGAUCUAGCCGACCCCCGGCCGUGGGAGACACGUGUUCCACCUUCCACCUACGGCUCAUCACAACAAGAGCACCCAGACCUCCCCCUCUACGCAAUGGAGGACGAAAAGAAGCAGCUGCAGCCCGAUGACCAGGGCAAGUGGGACAAGGGCCACGGCGCUGGGCCAGGUGUAGGAGGCAAGCGCGGCCUGCCCCCAAGGCAGCGCGUCGAGGGUGCCUGGGGCAUCUACGCAGAGUACGAGGACUGGAUCUGGGCAGGCAUCUACACCGCCCUGUCAAUGCUCACGCGCUACUGGCGCAUCGGCGCGGCCAACUUUGUCGUCUGGGACGAGGCCCACUUUGGCAAGUUUGGCUCCCACUACAUCAACCGCGACUUUUACUUUGACGUCCACCCCCCGCUCGGCAAGAUGCUCGUGGGCCUGGCCGGUAUCCUGUCGGGCUACAACGGUGGCUUCGAGUUCAAGUCGGGCGUAGAGUACCCUGACGAGGUGCCGUACGUCGCCAUGCGCGUGCUGCUCGCCUCGUUUGGUGUCGCGCUGGUGCCGCUGGCGUGGUGGACCGCGGGCGAGCUGGGCUGGUCCCGCUUCACGCGUCACUGGGUCACCAUCUGUGUGCUGUGCGACGUCGGAUGGCUCUGCAUCUCGCGUUUCAUCCUGCUCGACUCGAUGCUCCUCUUCUUCACGUUCACCACCUUCCUCGGCCUCGUCAAGUUCCACAACCAGCGCCACGACCCCUUUGGCGACGACUGGUGGAUCUGGCUCGUCUUCACCGGCUGGUCGAUCGGCUGCGUCUGCAGUGUCAAGUGGGUCGGCAUGUUUGUCACGGCCGUUGUUGGUCUCUACACCAUCGAGGACCUUUGGGACAAGUUUGGCGACCUUUCGAUGCCGAUCCGCACGUACAUCAAGCACUGGGUCGCGCGCAUCGGCGCUUUGAUCGUCAUGCCCUUCCUCAUCUACGCUGCGUGCUUCAAGAUUCACUUUUUGAUCCUCAACCGCUCGGGACCCGGUGACGCGCAGAUGAGCUCGCUCUUCCAGUCGCACCUUAUCGGCAACGACUUUUCAGAGUCUCCCUUGGAGGUGGCUUAUGGUUCCAAGGUGACUCUGAAGAACUAUGGCUACGGUGGUGGUCUCCUCCACUCGCACGUGCAGACCUACCCUGUUGGAUCGCAGCAGCAGCAGGUUACGUGCUACCACUACAAGGACAGCAACAACAACUGGUUCGUCUCGCACCCCCGCGACGCCAACCCGCGCCCCGACGAGAUCCAGUACCUCAAGGACGGUGACACUAUCCGUCUCGUCCACGAGGCGACCAGCCGCAACCUCCACUCGCACUACGUCCACGCCCCUGUCACCAAGGAGUGGUGGGAGGUCUCGGGUUACGGCAACGCCACGAUCGGCGACGACCAUGACAACUGGGUGGUCGAGAUUGUCGACGACACGGUCAGCCGCAAGAAGUCCAAGGACGGCAUCGUCCACACCCUUACUACCCGUCUGCGUCUCAAGCACAAGACGAUUGGCUGCUACCUCCGUGCCGCCAACUCGGUCCUUCCUCAGUGGGGUUUCAAGCAGAUUGAGGUCUACUGCCAGACGGCCGUCGACCCCAAGGACGUUCACACGUUCUGGAACGUCGAGUCGCACUGGAACGAGCAGCUCCCUCCGGGUAAUGUCAAGCUUUACAAGUCACCCUUCUGGCGUGACUUCUCGCACCUCAACGUUGCCAUGUGGACCUCGAACAAUGCUCUUGUUCCCGACCCGGACAAGGAGGAUGUUCUUGCUUCCAAGCCUUCCGACUGGCCUCUGCUCCACCUUGGUCUGCGUAUGUGCGGCUGGGGCGACCAGCAGAUCAAGUUUUACCUGCUUGGUACGCCGAUUAUCUGGUGGUUCAGCACGGCGUCUCUGCUCCUCUCUGGCCUCAUUGGCCUGUGGUACGUGCUUCGCCAGCAGCGCCACUACAAGGACUGGGCUCCUGGAGAGUUUGACCACUGGGUGUAUGUUGCCAAGGUGGCGUUCUACGGCUGGGCCUUGCACUACUUGCCCUUUAUGAUCAUGGGCCGUGUGACCUACCUCCACCACUACCUGCCCACAUUGUGGUUUGCGGUUCUCAUUGCCGGCCACGUCCUCGACACGUGGUUCUUCAACAACCAGAAGCUCUCGCCGACGACCAGGCUGGCCUGGUUUGUGCUCUGGACUGCUGCCGUUGUCAUCAACUUUUGGUGGUUCAAGGACCUCGCCCUGGGUAUUCACGGCCCGGUCAACGACCACAAGGGCUGGCAGUGGCGCCGUUCUUGGAACAUCUACAACGGCGUGUAAACCAAAUCUCAUGUGAUGGACAAGAUGCUAUAGAUCCUUGACCCACAUUUCAAACCUGUACCGUAUCCCCUUUUCCUCCACAUCGCCCUCGGGCACCUCCCAUCCCACCCACUCGCGCAGUUCGGCGUGUGGCGCUCGUCGCCAACGCUUGUCGGUCGUAAAAUCGUCGAGGAAAGCAUCGCAUGGCAGAGAUUCUAGCACGCGGGUGAGGAGCACGCGGUCGACGUGUUCUGGCAGAGACUGGUUGUAGAGCUGGGCGCCGCCGAUGAGGAAGGUGCGAUGUGUUGUGUCGGGCACUGAACUGAUGGCUGCUUCGAGGGAUGAGUGCGGGGUGGUGAGGUGGGCGUCUCCGACGUCGACACCGGCGCGGGAUACAACGAGGUUGUGGCGGUCUUUCAGAGGGCGGAAUUUUGAUGGGAUGCCGUCCCAGGUCUUGCGGCCCAUGAUGACUGCGUUGUGGGUGUUGGUGGGGAGGGCCUCGCCGGUGGUCACUCUGGCAAAGUACUUCAUCUCGCCGGGCAGGCGCCACGGCAGUCCGCCGUCGCGUCCGAUUCCAUUGUCGAGGGUGGCAGCGACGACGGCUGUGAUGCUGCGUUUUGGGGCCAUG